ACUGGCCGGCAAUUCACACAAAAAGUGUGACUUCGCGUGACGCACUGGGAAUCCUAGUCUAACUCUCACCCCCUUCGUGCCGCAGGCAAGAUUUUGGGUUUCGUCUGCUGUUUCCACUGUUCUGCCGCUCUGGUAACGCUACUGCAUGGCUGGCUUCUCCGAGAAGAACCUCGACCCGGUCCUCAUGGCAAUGUCCCGGCCAUCAAGCUCGACGACUAAUGCAGCAACUGGGUCCGAGAAUAUGGUCACCCCUGGUACCUCACCACCGGAUGACAGUGCACAUCUGCCAUCAUCAAUUGGACCUGUGAGGACACGACGUCGAGGUUCAAAAGAAGGAGACUUGGUUGUUACAAGGGCAAAACCUCUCUGUACGGUCCAGCAGCUGAAGGAAGAAUGCAAAUCUCGGGGGUUAAAGUGUACAGGUUUGAAAAAGGAGUUGAUAGACCGGCUUGCGCAACACGGCUUUGCUUUGCUGAGUAACAUGCCCCAGUCAUCACGGCAAGUCUCUGGCCCAUCGGCACCUACUAUUUCACUCUGCACGACGUUCACAUCCCCACAAGUCCCCGCAUUUCAAGAGGUCGAUGACGAUUCUGAUCUGAUCCAGGCUGCCAGAUCUCUCGAUUCAGACCAGGUGGUUAAGGAUGCGGCAGAGCUGGUGGAGUCUUUUGAAGAAGGGUUCGGUCUUGGGCAUGGUCACGGAGAUGAGUGUGAUGAAGAUGAAGCCGGUGACGUAGAGAUAGGCGAGGCUGAGACUAGUGAGGAAUGUAGUGACAAUGUAGCAAGAGCAAGAGCAACCAGUAGCAUUGGCACCACGAGUUUUCAGCCCCCAGCAGCAGCCCAAGCCACAGGAUGGGCUGAUGAGUACAUUCUGCAGACACGACGGAAAAGUGGGCGGGUUACUGAGCAGGCAGUCAUCGCUCAGUGGAAGCAAUGGAUCCCCCAAGCCAUCCAUGAUGGACUUGUACCCGACGAUAUUGUAGAUGCAAAUUUAAUUAUUCAUUACCUCAAAUACGCUGCAACGCGACAACUUCUCACGAAGCGGGGAGCACCAAAACAGACUAACGAAAGACUCUCAGCGUCUUCCCUCAAGAAGAUCAUGACAAUGCUUGGUCGGGUUCGUGGUCGACAGGAGGACGACAACCCUGACUUGAAGCAUAGUCGUCCGGCUUCAAAUUCUCGAACUGUUGAAUUCUACAAGGCCGUAAUGAUCCAGACACAACGACACCGUCUUCAGACCGAAGAUUUUGACAUCGCAAAGAACACGAUUCUAGACCAGGAGCUUCAGCCAGACCAGUUCAGCGAGAUUACAGCUGCGAUUUUUAGCCAGAAUCAAGUCCCAACCAUUAUCAAGUCACAUUUUGCAUGGACUUGGCAAGCAACAACCCUCAACCGUGGAGACGAGGUGAUCAACCUGCCCAUGUCAUGUCUGCAGCCCUACCAUGUCAACAUCCCGGACUUCUGAUUCUCAAACGGACAGGUAUCUGGUCAAGGACGUCAAUUAUGUUACGGUUAUUCUUUUCUUUUUCUUUUUCUUUCCUUUUCUUUUCUUUUCUUUUCUUUAGUCAGCCGGAUUACGCGGUGCACGCACGAUCAUCACGGACUGACUGCGCAGUAGUAUUUUUAGAAUACUCACGUGUAUUUAAGUAAGAGCCUCAGCUGGUCUAAACCCCAGCUUCGGCUAAGGUUUAAUCUACCUAACUUAACGCUCCGCGCUUUCUGACUAUUUG